AGGAAGUGCUAUUUAACCUAUUAGAGUCUUCUGCUAGCUCCGCUUGCUACAGUCCAAUAAAAUGACUUAGGCGGAUAAAGCGACAACUAGACUAACCAAUAAAAUAUUAAGUUCUUUUUUGGGUUCUGACCUACCACAGCGUUCAGAGAACUACAUCCGGGUUUAGAGGCCGUACGUUUGCGAUAUAGCCCAAUAGCAGUCGUUAUGGUGGGGGAGGCGGGGCGAGACCUACGACGCCCGCGAGCAGUGGCCGUUACGGCCGAAAAGAUGGCGGUCUUGGCACCUCUAAUUGCUCUCGUGUAUUCGGUGCCGCGACUUUCACGAUGGCUCGCCCAACCUUACUACCUUCUGUCGGCCCUGCUCUCUGCUGCCUUCCUACUCGUGAGGAAACUGCCGCCGCUCUGCCACGGUCUGCCCACCCAACGCGAAGACGGUAACCCGUGUGACUUUGACUGGAGAGAAGUGGAGAUCCUGAUGUUUCUCAGUGCCAUUGUGAUGAUGAAGAACCGCAGAUCCAUCACUGUGGAGCAACAUAUAGGCAACAUUUUCAUGUUUAGUAAAGUGGCCAACACAAUUCUUUUCUUCCGCUUGGAUAUUCGCAUGGGCCUACUUUACAUCACACUCUGCAUAGUGUUCCUGAUGACGUGCAAACCCCCCCUAUAUAUGGGCCCUGAGUAUAUCAAGUACUUCAAUGAUAAAACCAUUGAUGAGGAACUAGAACGGGACAAGAGGGUCACUUGGAUUGUGGAGUUCUUUGCCAAUUGGUCUAAUGACUGCCAAUCAUUUGCCCCUAUCUAUGCUGACCUCUCCCUUAAAUACAACUGUACAGGGCUAAAUUUUGGGAAGGUGGAUGUUGGACGCUAUACUGAUGUUAGUACGCGGUACAAAGUGAGCACAUCACCCCUCACCAAGCAACUCCCUACCCUGAUCCUGUUCCAAGGUGGCAAGGAGGUAAUGCGGCGGCCACAGAUUGACAAGAAAGGACGGGCUGUCUCAUGGACCUUCUCUGAGGAGAAUGUGAUCCGAGAAUUUAACUUAAAUGAGCUAUACCAGCGGGCCAAGAAACUGUCAAAGGCUGGAGACAAUAUCCCUGAGGAGCAGCCUGUGGCUUCAACCCCCACCACAGUGUCAGAUGGGGAAAACAAGAAGGAUAAAUAAGAUCCUCACUUUGGCAGUGCUUCCUCUCCUGUCAAUUCCAGGCUCUUUCCAUAACCACAAGCCUGAGGCUACAGCCUUUUAUUUAUGUUUUCCCUUUGGCUGUGACUGGGUGGGGCAGCAUGCAGCUUCUGAUUUUAAAGAGGCAUCUAGGGAAUUGUCAGGCACCCUACAGGAAGGCCUGCCAUGCUGUGGCCAACUGUUUCACUGGAGCAAGAAAGAGAUCUCAUAGGAUGGAGGGGGAAAUGGUUUCCCUCCAAGCUUGGGUCAGUGUGUUAACUGCUUAUCAGCUAUUCAGACAUCUCCAUGGUUUCUCCAUGAAACUCUGUGGUUUCAUCAUUCCUUCUUAGUUGACCUGCACAGCUUGGUUAGACCUAGAUUUAACCCUAAGGUAAGAUGCUGGGGUAUAGAACGCUAAGAAUUUUCCCCCAAGGACUCUUGCUUCUUUAAGCCCUUCUGGCUUCGUUUAUGGUCUUCAUUAAAAGUAUAAGCCUAACUUUGUCGCUAGUCCUAAGGAGAAACCUUUAACCACAAAGUUUUUAUCAUUGAAGACAAUAUUGAACAACCCCCUAUUUUGUGGGGAUUGAGAAGGGGUGAAUAGAGGCUUGAGACUCCUUUGUGUGGUAGGACUUGGAGAAAUCCCCUGGACUUUCACUAACCCUCUGACCUACUCCCCACACCCAGUUGAUGGCUUUCCAUAAUAAAAAGAUUGAGAUUUCCUUUUGA